AUGAAUCCAUUGUUCAACUCCGCUUCUGCAUUCUCGAAGCCGUCUGAGGAUGCGCAACAAAGUGUGGGUGCGGAUACUUUAAGGUCUUCAAGACCAAGAAGCUCGCCCCGGCCUAACAUGCAGGAUUUGAGACCACACUCGGAUUCAAGGUCACCUGGGUCAGGAUUUACAUCGAUAUCGCACCGGAACUUGUCUGAAGACAGCGGACAUCGCAGCCCCAGCAGAUAUCUGGGAGAACAGCAGCACUCUGCUUCGCAAAAUCAGAUAGGCGAAGCGGUACCAUCAGCAGAGCAGCAGAAUAACCCGCAACAUGGCUUUCUUAGUUUAAGUUAUUCAAAUCCUGGCAGCCAAUCCGGCCCCGAGUACCAGCGAGGCGACCGUCUAAGGCAAUUUUUUCGCCCAGAUGGGAGGAGAGUUCAUGUUGCAAGGUCCCCUGAGGAGCUUGAGCAUUUGAGGCGGAAUUUAUCGACGACAAGUAGUAGAAAUGGAAACGAUGCAAGAAGGAUCAGCAGUAUAGCUGCAGAGAAGAACUCGGAGUCGGUUGAAGGAGAACAGGAGCCAGAAUUGAUGGUGCACGGGUCACCAGAACAUGUAGAAGCACUUCGCGAAUCUCACGCUCAUCACGAAGCACGUCGAAGAGCUCUGCGUGAAAAAUAUCGAGACGUAUAUGAAGAAAUUGAACAACUUCAAGAUGAUUUAGGUACUAUUUCUGGAGAGCUACGCAUGCUCUCAGGCCGUAAUCACAGUGAACAGCUUGAUGAAAAUUUCUCCAAAUUUGGAUACAGUGCCAACAUUCGAGCCCAUUCGGGCUCGUCUGAUAAUUCCACUUACGGAGAGGCGAGUCUUAAGCGCGUCUGGGAAGGUGAUGGCAGUCAUGGCCAAGCAAUAAAGCUUUGGAAGAGACCUGUGGUGCGACAGUAUUUCCACAAGGGCCUGCUAUGGCGAGCAUCUGACCAAGAGGAAGUUGCAUGCUUUGAGCUCUUUGUAGAUCUACUCUACGUUGGUAUCAUUGCCAUCAAUGGAGAUACGGCGGUCGAAGACCCAAAUGGACUUUCAUUGCUCCGGUUCUGCGUCACCUUUAUUCUCAGUUGGAAGAUUUGGAGUGAGAUUACUCUUAUUGUCAGUCUGUUUGAGAUUGAUGACAUCUUUCAGCGUGUCUGCAUCCUCCUAGACAUGGCGUUUCUCUUUGGUUUUACAACAAAUAUAGUUGGAUCAUGGGGCCAGACCUAUGCCCCAAUGAUCGCUUUUUAUCUCGCCUCUCGCCUAUUCGAGGCCUUAUUCUACUUCCAAAUAGCGUGGUUGAUCCCAAUGGUUCGCGGGACCAUGUUCAGCAAUAUACUUACGAUUCUCAUACCGAGCGCUCUUUGGAUUGGCAGUAUCCACUUGAGUCAGCCCAUACGACUCGUUUUGAUAUGGAUUGCAAUCUUCCUCGACCUCACAGGAUCAGUGAUCAGCAUUGGGAUCAUGCGAUGGACUCAAAGCCGCCUCUCACCUUCUCCCUUCGUGGAACGACUUAUUCGCUUCUUUGAGUUUUUCCCGGCUAUCAACAUUGAACACAGAUGCGAACGUACCAACGCAUUCGUGACACUUAUUUUCGGAUACUCUGUCGUGGGUCUCUUAUACCAGAACGCUAGUCCGAUUGGAAUCAAUUCCGUGUUUGGCAAAGCUAUUCUUGGCCUUGUUCAGGCAUUUUCAUUCAACUGGCUGUACUUUGAAAUCGACGCGUUCAAUAUCCAUGUACAUGCCAUUCGAAGACAUGUAUUCUCGUCGCUUGUUUGGAUGUCACUUCAUCUUCCCUUCAUCAUGUGCUUCACCUUAGCUGGUGCCGCAUUAUCCCGACUCGUCGUCGCGCACGACUGUCCAGAUGUGGAUCCCGAAAAAGAUCUCACCGCACCAUAUAUAGAGCGGUCUGAAGCGGAAAUUAGUCCUGGCUUGAGAUGGUUUUAUUGUGCCGGGCUUGGUAUUGCUCUAGGGUGUAUGGCAAUAAUAUCAAUGACUCACAUCCACCGCUCGAUCCCAGGGCAGCGUUUACGCAAGUCAUACCGUCUCGCUGUACGCUUCGCUGUCGCGAUAGUUCUUAUUUGUCUCCCGCUUGCGGAUUUACAUUCCUCUCCUUCUUCCUCCGAGUCGGCAAAAGCACUGGCGGCACGAGAGUCCGAAGCAUCUUCUCCGGACACGGAGUCGCGGAAAGCUAGACUCAACUCUCUCGAACUUGUAGCCACGACCACUGGACUUGUAGUCUUGGUAUUGGUAGUCGAGCUCCUUGGCUCAGCCUGCGUACACGAAUCUUUUUGGGGGUGUAGGAAAAAAUGCUGUUAUACGGCUACUCGUCGGAGAAUAGACGGCACGGAUGCAGAAAGCAACGCAUUGGUCGGCGAGCGUGGGCCAGGCAAUCCUGAAUCGGAAAUUUUUCCAAUCCAGGGGGAACGAUAAGCAAAAGAAUGCGGACUGGCAUCUAAGCAUUAUGGAGUAAUUUGAUGUUCGUCUUAGACCAACCGUCCAACAGAGGCGACACAACAUACAAAUAAUAUAUUCUCUUACCCAG